GAUUAUAAAAAAUGCUAAAUCAUUUCCUCCAUGGAAAAAACAAAAAAAAUCUAUGUGGUGAACGUCAAUUUUGAUUGUGUCAAAAUUUUUCGCUUGGGUUUUAUCGUUUUUAUUUUACCUACUAAAUGGUCCUGCAAAAUUCCGAAAUUUACAUUAACAUUACGAAAGCGAGAAGAUGAGCGUGUGCGAUUACAGGAGAAGCUCCGAGACUAUGCUUCACAAAGUGGACUCUUGCAAGUCAGGAGUUGACAUCGUCGAUGACCAGGUUACGAUCCAACUUUGUAAGAGUGCUUCCGGCCCUAUUCAACAACCCGGCGAAUUUUCUGUUGAUAGAACCUUAUCGAAUUCUUCGCCAAGAACCAAAAAUUUAUAUCGAUUCACCUUAAACGAAAAUCUCCUCACCAUGAAGGUAACCGAUGAUAAUCCAGAAACUCAAGAACCCAUCAAUUCUUCACCGCCCAACAAUGAUGAAAUAAAAGAAGAAAUUAAUGAGGAGGAGGAGAAAGCUUCAGAAGAAAAUAACGCUAAAAAUGGUCAAGAUAUCUCAAAAGAAUUAAAACAAUUAUCCAGUCAAUUAUCACUUUCUUUGCAACACACCGAGAUAAAAAAGGAAAAGCAAAGCGAAAAGGAAAACGAAAAGGAGAACGAAAAAGAAAAUGAAAAAGAAAAACUUUUUCCAUCCUCGGAUCAUUUCAAUUUAAGAUCGAGAUACCCACACAGCUUCAACGACAUUCCAAAUCAAAGUUCGUUUCAAUAUCGUUUCCAAAAACAAUUUGAUGUACACAAUAUCAGAUCAAACGAUAUCCACCCAUCGGGAAAUCGAAGCCACGGCGAUUUAAACUUAAAGGCUCUUCUUCAAAGAGAAGAUAGCUACUUAAAAUCGUUGCGAUUAAACGGCGAUUUACGCCAAAAAUACACCUACAUGAAUCGCCCUUACGGAAUUUGGAACCACCAAUACCAAAUGAAUCCGAAACGAGAACACUUCCAAUCGUUAAUGAAAUUAAUGAAAAUGUUUAACCCCAAGAAUGAUAAUACCACGACCAAGUUAAAUAAAUCGACUGAAAUGUUUGAUUCGACGAAUCAAAACGGUGAUAGUAAAAGCGAAUUAAAAAGUAUAAUAAACGAUAAAGUUGAGUUAAACGAAAAUGAAUCUCGAAUGAGUAAUGAGUCGAUUGAUCCGAUGGAUAUUCAUCGAUUAAAAACGGCUUGCACCUCGAUGUGUAACCAAUUAAACGAGAUCCACACCACUAUCAGUUACGUUCAUGGUGAUCUUAAAAAUUUAAUUGCGACGAUAUCCCCGACACCUAGUAUGUGUUUAAUGGAAGAAAUCGCGGAAUUAAGAGAAGCCUACGAGGUAACCGCCAACAACGAUAGGAAGCGCGAUAUGCAAAUGAGACAAAUCGAGGUGCAACUUCACGAUAUUUGUAAUAAAUUGGAGAAGGUUGAUUUUCCGAAAAAAAAGAAAUUUUUGUAUACGUACCUUUUAGUCCCGGUGCUUGGUUGUGUUGCGUUAUGCACUAUUGCUUUAUUGGGCGAUGGGAAGCGAGAAAUUCCGAUUGAUGUCGUUGCUUCGACUGUGAUGGAUAAAGUUGUUAACUGAUUGAGUUUUUUUUUGUUUGUGUGGAAUUCAUUUUUGUUAAUAUUAAAUCGGUGUGUACGGUUGGAGGUUUGCUCUAAAAUGCUUCAAAAAUGAAUCAUCUAUAAAUUGUACGGGAAACAUGGAAUUAUUCCUUUGAAAUAAAAAUAAUUUGUAAAUUUU